AUGACAACUAGCUGCCCGCCAACUGCCAUUCCAACGGGUCCGUCGAAAACGGCUAUCCCAACGGCAAUGCCACUACAUGGACAUGAACGGGCGCACCAACGGUCAUCCGCACGCAAACCGCCAUCCCACUUGCUGCCCGCCAACUUCCAUUCUAACGGGUCGGUCGAAAACGGCUAUUCCAACGGCAAUGCCAGUAGUAACGAGGAUAGCGACAGUAGCAGCAGCAAUGAUGGAGACAACGAGACCGACCACAGCGGGGACUAUGACUAUGACACCGACGUAGACAUGCUCGGUGAUUCGGACGACGAAGACCACGGUGCGGACCCCGUCGAAGACGAUGAGCACGCCAACAGUCAUCCGCAUGCCAGCCGCCAUCCCCACUUGCUGCCCGCCAACCGCCAUUCCAACGGACCUAUCGAAAACGGCUAUCCCAACGGCAAUGCCAGCAGUGACGAGGACAGCGACAGUAGUAGCAGCAAUGAUGGAGACAGUGACACCGACCACAGCGAGGACGACGACUAUGACACCAACGUAGACAUCCUCGGCGUUUCAGACGACAAAGACCCCGGCGGGGGCGCCGUCGAAGACGAUGAGUUGGAAGAAGACAUCAAACGUAUCGUCCUCAACCUCCUCGAGAUUAACACAGACAACGAAGCUGAAGACAUUGGGGGAGAUGGGGAAAGCACCGAGGUCAAUGAGGAUAGUGACGGAAAUAAUAAUAAUAUUGUUAUAACAACCUUCGCUCUCACAUUUUCUUUUUAUUUCGUUAUUCUCACUCUAGCUACAUGGACAUGA